AUGAAUACUCUUGAACAACGUCGAAAGGAAAAUAUCAAGCGCAAUGCCAUCUUGCUACAGGAGCUGGAACUCGAGCAUAAACAUGUGAAGCAGCAACUCCAGCCAGCACGGCGUCCAGCAAAGAAGCGGCGCAAGCUCGAUAUCCCACCGCCAACACGCAGCUCAGCGCGUAUUGCCAGCGCAUCUGCGCGCCCAGAUUACAUCGGGGAUGGCGACACCGUCACCAACUCUGCCCCAUCGUCAUCGCGCGCCAAAUCUUCUUCAGCAAAAGCCGUAGCAGGAAAACCAUCGCGUGUCGCAUCUCCAGCCCCCGAGUCACACACCCUAUAUCCAGACCUGGAAAGUCUGAGAGCCGGCUGGACAGCCUGGGAGCCCGUCGCGCCCCCUCCAAGCCGCGACUCCCUCGGGACGUACCACUUUGCCUCACACCCGGACUUCACGCCCAACAAAUCCCCCGCCGACAUCAUCCGCGAAGGCAGCUUCGGCGGCUCCUACUGGCGCCCGCUCUACUCCCAGCGCCUCGGCACCACCGUCUCAGACGACUGGCGCGAGCUCCCCGCCGACUGGACCGCCGGGCUGGACGCUGAUCAGUACCUCACCAACCCAGAGUAUAGUGCCGAGAUCAACAAGCACGGCGUCGCGUGCGGACAGAGCAUCGAGGCGUGGGAGGCUGCCGGGUGGAUAGCGCACGAGUACGACGUGCGGGGGUGGUUCCAGUGGUACUGCCGGUUCUGGAUGGGGCGGCGGUGCGCGGAUGACGAGCGGCAGAUAUCGCGGUGGAAGAAGUGCGUUGGGGAGACGGGGCGGUGGCGGAGGACUUUGCUGAAGCAGUACGUGACGAGGGGGAUCAGGAGUGUGUUUGACGACGGGGAUGACGGUGUGGAGGGGAGCGAUGUCAGUCCGGUUGUUAGCCAGACUUGCUUGCAUUGGGCGUAUGAGGUUAGGCAGGAGGCGCUGGAUCGGUAUUGGGUUGAAAGGAGGUAG